UUAAAAAAUAUUAAACUUAAUGAGAAACAUGUUGGAAACAAAAGAAAUAUAAAAAUGUUAAAAUAAAAUUAGUAGAAAAUAUGUGCGUGAAAACCAUAAACAUUAAUAAAAUAUUAAAAUGAGGAUGAAUAAGACUUAUUAUUUCUAAAAUUUGUGACAUAAAUAGAAAGAUUUUUUGAGAAAAUAACAAAUAAAACGACCUAAAAUGACAAAUAAAAACAACUUAAGAACGGAGGGAUGAGUAUGACUUAUUAUGGCCUUUUUUAUAAAAUUGUUAAAACAUACGUAAUACAAACAAAAAAAAAUAUUAUAUUAUUUAUUAUACUAUUAAUAGGAUUUUUUUAUCUUUUACUUUAAAGCCUAAACAUAAACAAGACAGCCAUGGAUAUAGGGAAACCACGCACAUAGUACUCCCCUCCGUUUAAACGAUUGCACUAUUCAUAACUGGCACAAUUAUAAAAAAAAUUGGUAGUAAUUAACCACUAAAUUGUACGGGGUAUUAUGAUAAAGGGUUAGAGAAAAUAAGAGAAAAUUCGCAGAUAAAAAAUUAAACAAAAACAUCACCCAAAAUGGAAAGUGCGGCAAUUAAUUGUAUAGAUGGAAGGAGUACUGAUUUAGUCUUAAGUAAACUUAUUCAUUUGGAUAAUCAGAUUGAUUUCGUAUUAGAUGUUUUGAAUCGGUUUAAAAUCGAGUCUUGUAUUCAUAUUAAUUUUUAUAUAAUUUUAAAUUCAUUUUGAAGUCGAAACAAAUUAAAUUCAAUUAUAUGACUAAAUAAAUAUCAAAUUAUCAAAUCUGUUUUAAACCCUUUAGUCUUAAGUCAACCAAAACCUUUAAUGCUACACAUUGCAGUGUUUAUUGUUGACCUGGCUAGCGACUUCUAAUUGUCUUGUACUGAUUAUGUAGAAGUAUAUAAGUAUGAAGAAAAUGGUGUCCACACUCCACAUAUAAGUUUGACAAACGAAAGCUAGCUAAAAAUUUUUUUUUGUCUCUAGCUAUCUGUUCAUCCUUUAAUUUCAAUUGGAAAAACUAAGAAUUAAUCGUCUAUUUUAGGAUUUAAAAGUGAACGAAAGCAUGUUAUUCGAUAGAAGAAAAAGUAUCCUAAUUCUAUUCUCUAUUGUUUUUCUUCUAUUUCGAGCUUCAUUAGUCGCAGGUGAAUGCACCUGCGACUCGGAAGAAAAAAGAGACUCAAAUAAACACACCUUAAAAUACAAAAUCGGGGCAUUAGUUAUAAUCUUAGUAUCGAGUGGCUGUGGAGUUUGUCUCCCUAUUUUAGGGAGACAUUUUUCGGCUUUUCACCCCCAAAGCAACAUAUUUUUCCUAGUGAAAUCUUUCGCGGCAGGAGUAAUUUUGUCGACGGGAUUUAUUCACGUCUUACCUGAUGCUUUCGAGAGCCUUACAAGUCCAUGCCUUAAGGAAAAUCCUUGGGCAAAUUUCCCCUUUACUGGUCUUGCUGCCAUGCUUGGUUCUAUUGGGUGUUUGAUAAUUGACGCUUUUGCUACGGGGCAUUACGGUAAACUUCAUUCAAAAACCGGUGCGGUCGAUGAGGAGCACAGUGGACAUGUCCAUCUUCACACUCAUGCUACCCAUGGUCACGCUCAUGGGUCUGGUCCUGAUGCUACCCCUCAAGGGUUAACCGAGUUAGAACGAAUCAGAUAUAAGGUUACUUCUCAGGUGUUGGAGAUGGGCAUAGUAGUUCAUUCGGUGAUCAUAGGAAUAGCAUUGGGCACAUCUCAAGAUGUGGAAAGCAUCAAGCCUCUAAUGGCAGCCUUAUGUUUUCAUCAAUUCUUCGAGGGAGUUGGGCUUGGUGGAUGCAUUGUUCAGGCAUCAUUCAAAUCAGCAUCCAUGAUGUGCAUGGCAUUGUUCUUCUCACUAACAACACCAGUUGGAAUAGCAAUUGGAAUUGGAAUUACAAAUGUAUAUGAUGAAAGUAGUCCAACUGCUCUCAUUGUUCAAGGUUUGCUAGAUGCUGUUGCUGCUGGGAUUUUGAUAUACAUGGCCCUUGUUGAUCUUCUUGCUCAAGACUUUAUGAAUCCUAGAGUUCAUAACAAUAACACCCUUUUCUUUGGGGCUAAUGUUUCCUUGCUUCUUGGUGCUGCUUUUAUGGCUGUUUUGGCUAUUUGGGCUUGAUUUUUUCCCUUUUUUUUUCUUUAAGCUUUUUAAGCUUCAUUACUUUUUGCUAUUUUAUUAAAACUUGAUCUCAUACUUAUGGUGAUUUCAUUUAUGUUUUAGUUUACUAAUUAUCACACACAUUAAUUCACUAAUUAACAUAUACAAUAAUUUAUAUAAUAAACUCUAAGCUUGAUGCCAUUGGUGUACUUUUAUCCGAUUGAUACUUAUAUGUGUGAGCUUGUAAGACCCGAAUUUAAUAGUUGUAAACUAAUUGUGAUACCCAAGUUGAGUUUUAAAAGGAUUUAUAUCUACCCAUAUCAACAAUGUGCAUCUUCUUUUCAAGGGAGCUCAUUCACUAAAAAAACUCUGCAUUUAAGCAUCUUGGUGCGCACGAGUUUUUCGAGGUGCGCUGAGUAAAUCUAAAAUGCACUAAAAGGACUUGUGUUGGUCUGUAGAGUCACUCUACAACCUCGAUAGAUAGUCACUGGUGGUCCAAUAAGGCGGGGGUAUUACAAAUGGUAUCUUUGCAACCUUACGACCUUGGUUGACAUUAUGGUCAUUGCACCUAGUGGGGUAAAAGAUGUUGAAACUAAGGUGCAACAAAGAUGAUGCAUUCAUAAGUGGGGUAAGUAUGAUGCCCUGGACUAAGUUCUAAAAAAGAUUGAUAAAAUACCCAUAUCAACAAAGUGCAUCUUCUUUUUAAGGGAGCUCAUUUGCUAAGAAUUACGCAGUUAAUUGUGCUUGUUGGAGAACAAUCUUAUGAUGGGUGACCUUUUGGGAAGUUAUCCCGAGUGCGCUUGAGUGAGACUAAUGUGCGCUCAAAUAACUUGUGUUGGUCUAUAAAGUCAGUCUACAACCUCCAUGGGUAUCAUGGGUGGUCCUAUAGAGUUGGGGUGUUACAAGUGGUAUCAAAGUAACCUAGAGAUGUUGACUAAUAUUGUUUUCAGUGCACCUAGCGAGGAAAAAAAUCUUGAAAAGUUUUCUCGAGUGUGCAAGAGUGACGCCAAAGUGCGCUAAAAGGACUUGUGUUGGUUUGUGUGGUCAGUCUACGGCCUCUAUGGGUAGUCACCGAUGGCCUGAUAAGGUCAUAGUGCUAUACUAAUCCUAUUAGAUACAGAUCAUAGUUGGUUUCUAGCAAAACACUAUGAUCAUCUAAAUUAAUCGAAUGUGUUUUGCCUCCAUAAUUCAUCCCAUUUACAUAUA